AUGCAACACAAGCAGCAGCAGGAGGGGAGCAGCCCCCAGAAGCGCACACGCCUCCGCUGGUCACCCGCGCUGCAUGCACAGUUUGUGGCGGUCGUGCAGCAGUUAGGCGGCGCGUUCCAGGCCACUCCAAAGCGCAUCCAGCUGGCGAUGAACGUGCCUGGCCUGACCCUCUUUCACGUGAAGAGCCAUCUGCAGAAGUAUCGGGAGGUGACCCAAGGAGGCAGGCCCGCCGGCAACGCCAGCAAGAAGCGCAGUGGCGGAGGCGAUGCUGGCGAGGCGGCAGCAGUCCGGUCGGAGCAGGCGGCGGCGCCGGAGCAUGAGCAUGAGCAUGAGCAUGAGCAGCAGCAGCAGCAGCGGGACCUGAGCGCAUGGGACCUGUGCGGAGCCGAGGAUGAUGGGCAGUGCAGCCCCAGCGACCCGUUUGGGGAUGCCUUGCUGCCGCCAGGCUGGGGCACGCAGCCCGCGCCGGUUGUAGAUGCUGAGCUGGCAGCCUCGCUGGCGCCAGCUGGCAGCCUGAAUAAUCAGCAGGCCGCCGGCACGGAGCUGACCCAGCAGCCGCCGGCCGCAGCCGAGCCUCGGUGCGCCGUUUGCGAGCGAGCAGCGCAGCACCAGCAGCUGCCCCGGGCCCUGCCUCACCAUGCCGCCCCCCAGCCUGCCACCGCCAAGCCGGACCGCUCAGCCAGCCAGCUGGCGGCCCCACAGCGCAGCGAAGCCAGCGGCUCGCAGGUGGCUGCCAGCGAGGGGGCAGACCCUGCAGCCGCAGCUGCAGCCGGCGUUGCGCCCGCGGCCUCCGCACCCGCCACCUCGCGGCUCAGCAUCCUCGAGUCUGCUCUGCGAGUGCAGAUGGAGAUGCAGCGCCAGCUGUGCUGCUCAAUGGAGGCGCAGCGCGGGCUGCAGAUGCAGCUGGAGGCGCACGGCCAGUACAUUGCUGGGCUGCUGAGGUGCCAGGCCCGGCCCCCGGGCCACCCAACAGCCGCAGCGGGCCAGGCGACAGGCAGUGCCAAGGCCGGCAGCCGCGCAAGCAGCAAGUUGCAGCUGGGUGUGGCCGGUGGCGGCGGCGGCCCUCCACGCGGCCCACCGCCCGCCGGCCUGCAUGCCUCGCUUCAGCAGCAUGUUUUCCAGCGGGCGGAGCUGCAGCCUCAGCCUGCCCAGCAGCAGCAGGCACUGCAGGCACAGCAAGCACAGCUGGCACAGCACCCAUGCGGCGCCUGCACCCUGCUGCUGCGCUCUGACCCCCCAGCUCGCUCCGCCGCUGCCCCAGCCGCGCUGGAGCCUGCGGCCCCGCUGUCGUCGGGCCAGCCCCGCCCCGAGCCCAGCUGCGCUGGCAGCCGCUGCAGCUGCGACACCAGCGUUGUGGUGGCCUGCCAGCAGGGCGGCAGCUGGGACGCGCCGCGGCGGCAGCAGCAGCAGGUCGGGAGCGAGCCGCCGGCCGGUGGCGAGGAUGCAUUCCAUGAGGCAGCCGCUCUGCCAAAUGCGGGCUCUCUGGAUGAUUCUCUAUACCCUGCUGACGUCUGGGACUCGCUGCUGAUCGACUCUGGAGUGCUGAGCCGCCUGCUGGAGGGCGACAGCGAUGGCGGCCUGCUGUGCUGA